ACAGGUAAAUAGCAAGGGCUGUUCGGGGGGGGGGAGACGCGGAAGCGCUGGGGUCGGGCUGCCUUUUCUGAAGAAGGCACCUCAGAGCCCAGGAGGGCGCGCACGGCGCGGAACUCGCCUCGGUGCCGGCCGAGCGGGCGGUCGGGCGCGCGGGCAGGCGAGGAUUCUCCUCCCACGCUCCUUGGCUGCGGAGGCUGGAGUGCGAAGUGGAGUGGGGGGGAGAAAAGCAGCAGCAGCAGCAGUGAUGGCUACGGCGGCGUCUAACCCCUACCUGGCGAGCAACAGCAUCCUGUCGGCGGGCUCCAUCGUCCACUCGGACUCCGGCGGAGGGAUGCAGCCGGGCAGCGUGGCCGUCACUUCAGUGUCCGGCGGGGGCUACCGGACCGACCCUUCUUCCGUGAAGAUGGUCCAGAGUGACUUCAUGCAGGGCGCCAUGGCGGCCAGCAACGGCGGCCAUAUGCUGAGCCACGCGCACCAGUGGGUGACAGCCCUGCCCCACGCGGCCGCCGCCGCCGCCGCCGCCGCCGCGGCCGCCGCCGCCGCGGAAGCCGGCUCGCCCUGGUCCAGCAGCCCGGUGGGCAUGACGGGCAGCCCCCAGCAGCAGCAGCAGCAGCAGCAACAACAACAGCAGCAGCCCGACGUGAAGGGUGGCGGCGGCAGCGGCGGGCGGGACGACUUGCACUCCAGCGCGGCGCUGCACCACAGGCCCCCACCGCCGCACCUGGGUCCCCCGCACCAGAGCCACUGGGGCUCCACCACGGCCGCCCACUUGCCUUCCAUGGCCGGCCAGCAGCAGCAGCAGUCGCUCAUCUACUCGCAACCCGGCGGCUUCACGGUCAACGGCAUGCUGAGCCCCCCGCCCGGCAGCCAGAGCCUGGUGCACCCGGGCUUGGUGAGGGGCGACACGCCAGAGCUGGGCGACCACCCGGGCCAUCAUCACCACCACCACCACCACCCGCACCCGCACCCGCACCACGGCGGCGGCGGCGGCCUGAACAGCCACGAUCCGCACUCCGACGAGGACACGCCGACCUCGGACGACCUGGAGCAGUUCGCCAAGCAGUUCAAGCAGCGCCGGAUCAAGCUGGGUUUCACGCAGGCCGACGUGGGCUUGGCGCUGGGCACCCUGUACGGCAACGUCUUCUCGCAGACCACCAUCUGCCGCUUCGAGGCCCUCCAGCUCAGCUUCAAGAACAUGUGCAAACUCAAGCCCUUGUUAAAUAAGUGGCUGGAGGAAGCCGACUCGUCCACGGGCAGCCCCACCAGCAUCGACAAGAUCGCCGCGCAGGGCAGGAAGAGGAAGAAGCGGACCUCCAUCGAGGUGAGUGUCAAGGGGGCUUUGGAGAGCCACUUUCUGAAAUGCCCCAAGCCCUCCGCCCAGGAGAUUACGAACCUAGCGGACAGCCUGCAGCUGGAGAAGGAAGUGGUCAGGGUUUGGUUUUGCAACCGAAGGCAGAAAGAGAAACGGAUGACUCCCCCUGGGAUCCAGCAGCAGACGCCCGACGAUGUCUACUCCCAGGUCGGCAACGUCAGCUCCGACACGCCGCCCCCGCACCACGGACUUCAGGCGAGCGUGCAGUGAAAAAGACAGAAAGACAGUCAGAGGGACAGAGUGGUCGUCACAGAAAUGAGAGGAGUUAUUAGAGAGAGG